AUGAAAGGGAUUGACCCAGAUAACUUAUCCAACCUUCCAUGCCAUGGGUCUUUAGUAGAGGAUUUUCCCUUGGAUGACGAUCUUCCCUUGGAGGAUGUGAUAACUGCCACAGAAAGGGAGAUCAUCUCACGUCCUUGUACACGAGACGAUGAAAUGCCAGAUGUUAUCGUCACUGAACUUCGGUCAUGGAAGAAGUGUCAUAAACGCCAUAGCUCUGGACACCACAGGAAAUGCAGAAUCGAUGAGCUGGCCAAGCCCAAGGUCAACCAUCAGAUCAUAAUAGACAGGCCUUCGGUAUAUUGGACAGAUAAGAUACUACCAGAUACUACCCUCAGUGUGACUUUUCCUCUUGUGACACCAAGACUAGAAGAGCUCUCUAGACCCAAACGGUUCUAUUCAACCUACUACAAUGAAAGCAGGUCCACACCUAUUUGGCCCAUUUCACGGGCAUCACUGGAGGCCAAGGCUUCGCCUCGUCUGAAGGUGCUUGCAUAUCCAAAGAUUCGGAACAACAUCUGGGUCAUUGAUCCUUCUGCGAUAAGAGUGUCAAAGGCAGCACAAUUAGCACAAGCCAGACCUCAGACCCUGGAGCUGGCAGCCCCCAAAAACAAGACCAUGUCAUCUACUGGAUUGUACAUCGCACAAAAGAGUAAGCAGCGUCCUCCAGACUUUGACCGGAUCUACAGUUUGGCUAUGCCCAAGAUGCUUGCCACUAACUACGCCUAUGACAAGCCCUGCUCCUGGGUUAUCUCAGACGGGACCAAGAAUGCCAUGGCCAGUAAACGGAUCCUCUAUUUGGCCAAGCCCAAGGAGCAGAAAGAUUGCAACGAGGGCCAUGACCCCUACUGUAUCUCAGUGGCUGCCUUGAGGGCGGAGCCAUCUCCCCGAAUCUAUGAGCUUGCCAUCCCUAAAAGAGUAGCCAAAAAAAUCUAA